AGAUUAUCUCAACGUGUCACUCUCAUGCAACCUACGUGUCGCUACAUCUUUCAUUUUCUGUUUUCCUUUUCUCACCGCUGACAAAAGCCUCAAACCACCCCCAGCCUCCAUUACAUUACAGAUUACGCCUUCUGACCUUUCUCUGCAUUUGUUGGUGUUCAUGUUUCAGAAGAGUCCAUCUCUCACUUUUUUCAGGAAAUCCCGCUUCAGCAGAAUCAUCACUAUUGCAAUUCAGACAUGCAUAGAGCCGCUGAGAGCUUCUAUCUAUCUCAAUAUCAUUAUCUUCUGGAAGCUUGCAAUCUGGACAAUUAUGAUAGUAACUCUUCCUAUGCGAGCUAUUGCUGCAUUGCACAGGGUUCGACUGCAAGAGUUGCAGCUGCAUGGAGUGAGGACUGAAUUAGAAAGUGUUCUCUGGGAUAGGAAUGAACUAGAAGAAGAGCUGUUUAUGGCUAUCAAAAAGCAUAAAAUGAUGGAGAUAAUGUUAGAAGAACUUGAAGGUGAACAUGAGGAGAACAUUGUUAGAAUUCAACUGUUAGAGGGGGAGGUAAAUAGAGCAAAUGAUGACGAGUUAAGGAUUUGCUCCUGGCUGCACUAUAGUUCCAAAAUUCUAGUAGCAAGGUGGAGAAUACCGAACUAUGUCUUUGGUCCAACGGGUUCCGGAUUUGAAGGAUGCAAAUCAACGGUUGAAAGGGGUUGAGGGUAAAGCACUUUGGAGCAACAAAGAUAAUGGUGAUAGAGGCCGUGGUCAUGCUACAAAUGAGAAAUUUGAGGGAUUGGGUUACAACAGAAACACUGACCGAAUGAUGGAGCAUGAAAAAAUUUGUGAGGAGGAAACUCUUGAUUUUGUAAAAGAACGGUUGAAAUCGAAAUUCUAUGGGCCCCACAUCGUCUCACAAUAUCUAAGCACAAGGGAUAUUCUGGCCAGACAGAGGGAGGUUGCUCUUACUCGAAGCCUUUUCAGUGCAAUACUGUCGCUUGUGGUCAGGAUGAUUGUAUGGGAAGCCGAGGACCCUUGCGUGCCUCUUGUUGCUGCUAUUUUAACCGUUGUUGCCAUGUCCUUGAUGAGUGUCGUCCAAUUUUUCGCAACGAUUGAUAACAAACCGGCAGCUGAUGCUGUUGUACUUUUGAGCUUCAACUGCUUUAUACUUGGCACAUUGGCAUAUCCAACAUUACCAAAGGUGGCUCAUGUGUUGACUCCCCUAGAAUUGAGUGUUGUUAAGCGGAUACUCAUCUGGCUUAGUCUGCUAUAGAUAUCAAAGGCUCUUUUGUGUGAGAAUUUUUUUUUCAACCGUAGUAGAAUCGACAGCGUACCAUCGUGCCUUAUAUUGUGUUUAAUUUUAGAUGGAUUUUUUUUUUCUUGCAGACUUCUCGUAGGAUGUUUUGUAAACGGCUAAUCGAAUAGAGGAAAUCAAAUUUUGCUUCUCUUGUUUAAUGUCCCAAAUGGAAAAA